UGAAAAUUGACAUCUUAAAAAAAAAGUAAGAAUCGAAAGUUGUUGUGGAAUGUGUAUAUUUAAUUUACAGUGAAUUAAUACAUGUACUGCAUUUUUUUAUAUUUUUAAAUUGCCCUUUCUUUAUAAAGUUGAAUAUGAAUUUAGCUAUUAGGACAGUAUUGACAAGUCGGUCAUUUAGGUUAUAUGAUAGGAUUUCAUAUAAAUAUUUACAAGUUCCUGUAGCCACAAAAUGUCCAAUUAUACAACAUCGAAAAUAUUGCGAAGACCGAGCAGAAGCGAGAAGGUUGCCACAAUUAAUGGAUUUCCCACCAAUAGUAUGGCCUUCGUUUUUAAAAUUCAUAAAGAAUUGGAUGUAUGCAAAUUUUAUAAUCAGACCGUAUUUUGAAUCAGAAUUCAGCUUAAACGAUUUCAUCGAAGCCUCCAAACAUGCUGUAGAGGUUGUUUCAGAAAGUCUACAAUCGAGUAAUUUUAAAGCACUAGAAGGACUAGUUGACAAAGAUGCAAUUGUUACUUUAAAAGAGGCUGUUUCUAAACUAUCUGUUACUCAAAGACAGAUGCUAGCUAUUAAUAAGGAAGAUAUUUUCUAUGCUUUUCCUUAUCAGGUAGGAGUUAUGUUUGACGACUCUGAAAAACGUUGGGUUGAAAUCACAAUGUGUUAUCAUGUUCUGAAGGGCAUGAAACAAAUGCAAGAAACUGGAGAUUUGCCACCAAUCUCAUUAGGAGUGCAGCCUGAGUACCAAGACAAAAUAUUUAUUCUCAACUAUAGAUUUAUAAGAGAAUUCACCAAAGGUGUUGAAGACAGCUGGUGGGUCAAUAUUGUAAAUCACUUCCAACCGCACACAUUAAAGAGAAAUUAAAUGUAGAUAUAUGUAAUCUUUAUAGAAUAUAGGAGAAAAGCUUAAAAUAAAAUAAAAAUGUUCUUGUUAUUGCUAUAA